UUUUUUUUCAGUGUAUCAAAACAGAGUAAGCAAGGCGGAGAAGCUGUGUGCAAGAAGCAACAUUGGUUCGUAGGAUGUUGGUUUGGCUGCUUGCAUAGAAGACAUAUUUUAUAAGAACAGCGCUGUUCUGAGGUACAUCAUGGCAGAAGGAGGGUUUGACCCUUGUGAAUGCAUCUGUUCUCAUGAUAAUGCUAUGAGAAGAUUAAUUAAUUUGCUAAGACAGUCCCAGUCCUACUGUACAGAUACAGAAUGUCUUCAGGAGAUGCCAGGACCAAACUCUUCCAGCAAUGGUGACCUUACAUUGCCAAUGAUAAUGGUGGCAUGGGUAAUCAUUGCUUUGGUUCUGUUUCUUCUAAGACCUGCCAGCAUGAGAGGGCCAAGUGCAGCAGGAAAGUCCUCUGGUCCACAUAAUAAUCAAAGACGUGAACCCCCGGCACCCCCUGUGGAUUAGAUGGAGAACUGAAAUGAUGUUCAGCUGACAGGAAUUUGUAUGACCAAACGUUGUGGCCUCUGGAUAAAACUCUGGAAUGUUUACUCACCUCAGCUAAUCCUAAUCAAUUUUUUCUUAAACUAUUUUUACCUAGGAUUUCUUUUGGUGUCAGCAUUCUUUUUAUAGAUUAUACUAGUUUUCUUAGUUUUACAUAUAUUUGAAUGAGCUCUACUGGUUUAAACAAAUACUUUUUAGUUUCCACAUUCCAGCUAAAAUUUUUGACCUCUCUUAUUUUUGUUUGAUUUGGAUCCUGUAUAAAUGUUACAAGCCUUAGAUUACAAAGGCAUAAUUGUUAAAAGUAAAAAAGACCCUUUAAAAGGGGUAGGAUAGUACAAUUAACUUUUGAUACAUGGUGAAGUAUUAAAUUAAGUAGAUUAUUUAAAACUAUCAUUACAUAUUAUUACAUACAUCAGUGUGGUACUUGAGGAUGAAAGCAACAUUAUUACUACACCAAAAGAGGAAAUAAUUACCUCAGCGUUAUUUAUGCUAAUGAUGAACGGACUGUUAGAAUAAACAUUGUUUCAGGGAAUACAUUUCCUAUACAGUUUUUCCCCAUCCCUAUUUUCACUACAUUGAAUGCUUAUUUUUAUUUUCUUUAUUAUCUUUCAUGAAGCUGAUGUCAUACGGCUGAACCAUUAUUUGCUAAAGCUGUUGCUUUCUUUUAUUUCUAAAGAACAUUUGAACUAGUACAGCAUUCUUACUCAAGCCAUUUUUCCCCUUUUACUUUACUUAAAAACUUAUUUUGCACAACAAGAUGGGCCAACAAGAAUUCAUACUAAAUUUUCUAUCAAAGGAAAUUGGGUAUUUGGCCACAACAGCAUUUACAUUUGUAUCAGAUUUUUAAAUUAGAAAUUGUUAAUGAAGGUAACAUUUCUGGAAAAGUGCCUGCUGAGGAGCCAUAGACUUUUGAUGUUAUUUAAAAGCUUUUUACUUCCACAAGCAGAGACAGGUGCUCUAAUUU